AUGAGUUUGUCAAAACUGGGCUAUUUUAUAAAGGAGAAAUAUCAAUGGAGGUCUGUGAAUUUGAGACAAAGUACAGUUGUGAUUAAAGGUGACUCUCUCUGCUAUCAUUUGUAUUUCAAUAACUAUCGAUGGCAGAAUGGAGGGAACUAUUACGAGUUUUAUAGCUAUUUAGUUGAGUUUUUUCGGAUGUUGGAAGCACAAAAAACUCGUGCAUAUGUUGUUAUGAAUGGUGCUGAUACUAGCGCGGUUGUGUACAAGGAAAGAUGUAGUCAAAGGUUGCAAUAUGUUACAGAUAUCCGUACUAGCCAUAUGAAUUCUGUACGCAAGAGUGUGUUGCCUCUUUUUGCAAAAACCGUCUUUGUGGAUGCUAUGAGAGAUUGUCGUAUAAGCUUUUUCAUUGCUGACGGUGAUGGUGAUCCAGAUUGUGUGGCGGUUGCUAACCAUAACCAUUGCCCUAUAUUGGGGGAAGACACUGACUUCUUCGUGUUCAAUAUCGAUGAGGGUUAUAUACCGCUGUAUGAUUCCGAAGGCUCCCUCAUUGACUUUGAGGGUACAGUGAAGUGCUACAACUACAAGGCGUUUGAUUCGCAAAUGGGAUGUUCUUCUGCACAUCGGCUACAACUUGCACUUGUUCUUGAGUCCCGUAAGUCUCUUAUGACUAGGCGAAAAGGUGUAUGCGAUGACAUUGAAGACCUUUUGGAUAACAUAAAAGAUGAGCCACUAGACCUAGCAAGGUACCGAUUGAUCAAUGAUAAGACACAUCCUUAUUACCGAGUUGUCCCAAGAUCUUUCUGGGCACGGACUACAACCUUGGAUCGUCUCAAUUCCAAAAUUCCAUGUUGGAUAUUGAGUGAAUACAAACUUGGGAUGUUUAAUCAGUCUAUGAUGCAAUUGCUAGUCCGUGAAAGCACUUGGAGAUACUCUAAUGUUAUAGAAGAUACAAGACAGAGAAGUGCCUGGAGUGUGACCUUUAAACCCAGAAGGUACAUUAUCGGUGUUCUCUCACAGCUGUUGCGCUAUAAAGACCACAUUAAAGAUACUGAGCGCACUGGUGUUCCUUGCAACCUGACUCUCUCAAGAGUUCAGUUGAAAGAAAAGCACAAUCAGGUAUUGCCCGUACCACUAAAAGAUAUUCUUUCGAUUGAUAUUACCGAACGGCAGAGAAUUCUUGUGAAAUGUUUUGAUUGUAAACAUAUUCAGGUUUCCCUCGAUAAGAUUCCGAUUGAUUUGAAAUUGGCUGUCAUCACUUGCCGCGUGUGGUUGAAAAGUAAUGACCAGGCAUUUGCGUCAUUUCUACUUCCUCUUGUAUUCUGUAUUCUUGCCUGCUCUGGUAAGUACCCUAUGCCUGAAGAUAUUAAACCAAGUGACCACGUUGACAUGGAACGGCUUCAUUCAUUUGCUCAAUGGCAAUGUGUGCUUCAUCAUGGGAUCGCACUCAAUCAACUGCUAGGGAAUGCAUUUCGAUACAUAAGCCCAGCACGAUUGUUUUCUUGCGAUGUAGUAGAACACUUUUGCGUUAAUCCACCACCUCAGCCUUUGCAAGAACUACCCUCCGUUAUGAUUAGUGUAAUAACUAAACAGUGACAUACAUGCGGCAAAGGUGCUUCCAUACAUCUAGACUGUUAGUUUAUUUUGCAAUACAUUGUGCACUUAUUUCACAUAGACCCUUAGACCCUUAGACUAUUUCAUUGUCACUGAGUGUAUAGAUCAUUUAUGGUUGUGAUAUCAUGUGAUUAAGAUUUGCAGAGUUGUUGUAGUGAUGUGCACUGAUCUCCGACCAAGCCAAUUAGAUAGCACUUACAAUUUAGUAAUGUUGAUUGUUGGUGUCGUUUGUUGUUACGAGUAAAUUCAUAGCACUUAGAAUAGUCAUAGUUACAUAGAAAGAGGGUAAACAUGUUAGAAAUGCAUUCCAUGAAGGUAUUAUUCAUGGAAUCUUCUUUUGAUUGUCUACUGAGUGGUGUGUAUACCUUAAAAACAAUCGACUGAUAAAAUUAACACACACAAAUUGAUGGUCAAAUCAAAUAGGGGGCAGAUCGAGCGCCUCGCAUAAAGAAAGACGUAUAUAUAAUGAGAAGUAUAGUCAAUUGGUAAAGGUCGCAAAGAUUGUGCCCCACCCCUAACUAGUUGAGCAUGCAAAGACUAUAUACCAGACAAUCUUGUUUUCGAUCUUUUUGUUACUUCAGUGCCCGCAUCAUGCUCUUCCAACCCUACUCUUCCCCAUUUUUUCACUUUUUGCACUUGUAGUGUUGUCUGGUAAUUAAAGUAGUGCUUGUGUGAUGGUAAAAGCAUGGAAAUUGUAGUGAUAUAAUGGUAAUUGGUAUACGUAAACCGUGCAUGCAUGAGCUUGACCACAGUUAUAUAUGUAACUGCAUGCAUGUCAACCACAGUGCCGACGUGAGCCACACUGGCAGCUAGUACCAUACAUGUAAUAAGAUUUCUGAAGCUGCUUUGAUUUCUUAUAAGGAUUCAGGCAACCAGACAAUAUAUGUAUGUGCAAUGUAUAAUUAUACAUCCUGGCCCCUAUAUAGGCUGAUAUAGAGCACUUAACUCAGCGCUGUUGUCAAAGUAGUUGUUCUUGAUGAAUGCUUUGAGAUGUAGCGUGCAUGACAUGACAUGCACUUAUGAAUAUAUUAUAAUUGUAUUAAACAUUGUUUGGACUGCAAACUAUGCAAAAGCCAUGAUUAAUUGUUGUGUAGCGGACAAUUAGGGACUAUUAGGCACUAUGUACUUAUAUGGAAGUUUCCAAAAUUUCAUUCUUGUUGUUAUAGCUAGCUAUAAUCAUUAUAGUCUGUAUCUCUUGGCAAUUGCAGUUAUUACUAGCAUACCGAAACUUGAGUAGAAAGUGGUGUACAACGGCCAAUAAUUAUUAUCAGGAACUCUUAAGUUGAAGUGCUUACUCAAGAAGAAGUUGUUGAUGAUGGGAAUUCCAACCUUAACUACCUACAUGAAGGAAAACGGGCAUAUUGAGUCUGUAA